AUGUCUCGCCAUCGCAUUGUCCACACGUUCAAUGCGAACGAUAUCGUAUCCGAAUUCGACGGCGAUGACUAUGAAGAAGAAGAGGAUGAGCUCAGCCCUGAGGAUCGUCAGGCCAUGGACAAUGGAACUGCCGAAGUCCGCAGAGCGCUUGGAACCGAAGCAAACAAGGUCACCAAGGCUCAGAUCGAGGAAGCCCUAUGGCAUUACUACUACGACGUUGACAAGUCAGUCACGUAUCUGAUGAAGACAUUCAUCGCCCCUGCACCAAAGCCAGCCAAGAAAGCCCCAGAAGACCACGGGCGUCUGUCAAAUGGAUACACCUUGGGCACCGACACUCCACGAGCCAACCCAGUCCCUUUUUGGUAUUUCGACGACAUGCCAUGGUGCAACGUACCCCAAGACCGCCAGACCAUCUUCAUCGAGCCGGAUCGUCCUCGAGGCGGGUUGCUAGGAGGUGCAGAGGAGCCUCCAAAAAUGUCAAAGCUUCAAGCUCUAGCAGCUGCGAGGAAGCGUAAGAACGAAGAGAAGAAGGAACACGAAAGAGUAACCAAGGGCAUCAAGACGCUCUCUCUUGCCGAUCAGAAAGAAAACAAACCACCACGACGUCAAGCCAUCAAGCCAGCUACGAUCACUCCGGUCGAAACGCCUGUGGAGCCUGAGCCUGUGCCUGUACCCCAGCCUGAGCCAGAACCCGCCAAAGAAGACUUUUACAAGAAGCUUCUCGCCGAAAUGCCAAUCAUCCCUCCUCGGGCCCGCCCGUCUGCCUUUGCUCAGACACUCUGUGGAUCUGCUCCGGCCAAGCCCCAACAACCCGAAUUCUUUCCAAUGCCAUACACACGCUCCCCCUUCUUCAACGCCAAAGCCUUCGCCGAGCCCAGUCCAGAUCAGAUUGUGCUUGCGGCUCAGGCGAAAGCGGGGAAGAAGCCAGUCAAGGCUCCGGCUGCCAAGAAAUCUCAAAAAGAGAAGGACGUUUCUGGGGUUGAAAAGGAAGUUGCCGAGCUUAAAAUUGUUGAGGCGGCACCACCCAAGAGCAAGGGGCUUGAUGUACUCAAAGAGUUUGAAAACAGUGUCAACAAGAGGAGUAUCAGUUUUGUCGUUGUUGGCCACGUCGACGCUGGAAAGAGCACACUGAUGGGCCGGCUAUUACUCGAACUCAAGUUUGUCGAAAAGCACACAAUCGAUCGGUACCGAAAGCAGGCCGAAAAGUCUGGCAAACAGUCUUUUGCUCUUGCAUGGGUCAUGGACCAGAGAAGUGAGGAGCGAGAACGCGGCGUGACCAUUGACAUCGCCACGAACCACUUUGAGACGGAAAAGACAAACUUUACAAUUCUCGACGCUCCAGGACACCGAGACUUUGUACCCAACAUGAUUGCUGGAGCCAGUCAAGCAGACUUUGCCAUUCUAGUCAUUGACGCAAACACCGGAGCUUACGAAAGGGGUUUGAAGGGGCAGACACGAGAGCAUGUGUUGCUUCUACGGAGUCUGGGUGUUCAACGACUCGUCAUUGCCAUCAACAAGUUGGAUAUGGUUGGAUGGUCACAGGAGCGAUUUGAUGAGAUCACACAACAAGUCAGUGGUUUCUUGACUGGUCUCGGCUUCCAGAACAAGAACGUCACAUUUGUUCCAAUUUCUGGUCUCAACGGCGACAACCUCGUCCGUCGGACAGAAGACACAGCUGCAUCUUGGUACACUGGGCCUACCUUGAUUGAUGCCCUCGAGGAUUCGGAGCCCUCAACAACGCGAGCUCUCAAGAAACCUUUCCGAAUGUCCAUCUCUGAGGUGUUUCGAUCUCAACUGGGCACGACAACGAUUGCUGGACGCAUCGACUCGGGUUCCAUUCAAGUGGGCGAUGCUCUUCUGGUUCAACCAAGCGGAGAGGAGGCAUACAUCAAGUCCAUCAUGGUGGACUCGGACAUGCAAGAUUGGGCGGUUGCCGGACAAAGUGUUAGCAUCGCCUUGACAAACAUCGACCCCAUCCACAUUCGAGUGGGCGACAUGCUCUGCCACACAGCAGACCCCAUCAACUGCAGCGACACAUUUACUAUGAAGGCCAUGGCAUUUGAUCAUCUCAUGCCCAUGCCUGUGGACCUCCACCGGGGGCGACUGCAUUCAGCUGGCCAGAUUGUGUCCAUCACAGCAACCCUCGACAAGGCGAGUGGGGCAAUCAUCAAGAAGAAGCCCAGAGUUGUUCAGCCUGGUGGUGUUGCGCGAGUUGUCAUCAAGCUGGCAGCAAAGGUUCCUCUCGAGCCAGGACAGAGAGUUGUGAUACGGAGUGGUGGUGAGACUGUUGCGGCUGGACUAUUAGAGUGA